AUGUAUCCUUUCUUAGGAUCAAAUGCUCAGCACAAAUCAGCUGCCGUUUUUUCCUCGUUGAGUGCAAACUUCAAGGGAAUUCCUCUUUUUCUCGUCAUUUUUCGGCUUUUCUCCUCCACAAAUUUCAAUCAGGAUAUUUGCACAAACGGUCAAUUUACGGAAGCAUCGAAAUAUACAAAAAUGAAAUCACUCCGCGAGUUGCUUCAUUUGGGGCCUGAGACGAGCACAAAAUGUUCGGACUAUGAGCAGAAAAAGAGCGCCGAGUCUUCAUAUCUUGCAUAUAAAGCGUGGUUAAAGAAUGAGAGCCCGGAAGUACAGCAAGCCCUCGCCGCGAACAAGCCAUUCUUGAAGAAAUUCUUCUCCGAAUUCGAUGCCACUUUCUGUAAACACCCGAAACCAUCGGAUCCGUUAAAUGGGAAAUUGUUCAAGAUGAACUUCGGCGGUGCUCCCAAUGAACCGGCUCUCAUUAUCAACAAAGCGAAAGUCGAAGAGAAAUUGGCAAAUUUCAAUGAACAGACUAAGCAAAAGGUGAACAGCAUCAAGGAAAAGUACGCAAAGAAGAAUGAGAAUCCUCCGCCCGCUCAUAAA